AUGGCAGCUUCCAAAAGGCACAGUGUGAAAUCGGUGUCACCACGCAUCGACGUGGACGAUCAAUUAUUCAAAUAUACAAAAAGUAAUGGAUCUAAAUCUUUCGAACAAAUAGCGCAAAACUGGUUAUUGAAACCAUUACCAGAUUCUCAAGUUAAGUAUUCCUUUUGGUUAUACGCGGUUACAUUAAUUGCAUGUGUUGCAAGAUUUUACAUGAUUUGGUACCCAAAUGAAGUCGUUUUCGAUGAAGUCCAUUUCGGUAAAUUUGCAUCAUAUUAUUUAGAAAGAACCUAUUUCUUUGAUGUUCAUCCUCCUUUUGCCAAAAUGGCCAUUGCAUUUAUCGGUUGGUUAGUAGGUUAUGAUGGAUCUUACAAAUUCGAUGACAUUGGUGAUAGUUAUGAAACGCAUCCUGCUCCAUAUAUUGCCUACCGUUCAUUCAACGCUAUAUUAGGUACUUUAACCGUUCCAAUCUUAUUCAAUACUUUGAAAGAACUGAAUUUCAAAGCUAUAACUUGUGCAUUCGGUGCCUUGUUAGUUGCUGUCGACAAUGCCCAUGUCACAGAAACAAGAUUGAUCCUAUUAGACGCAAUCCUUUUAAUUUCUAUUGCAAGUUCAUUCUAUUGUUUUGUUCGCUUUUACAAGAGCCAAUUAACUUCUCCAUUCUCUUUACAAUGGUACACUUGGUUAUAUGCCACAGGGAUCUCAUUAUCUUUCGUCAUUUCUACUAAAUAUAUUGGUGUCAUGACUUAUUCUGCGAUUGGUAUUGGCAUUAUCGCCAAUUUAUGGCAACUUUUGGAUAUUAGAGCAGGUUUAAGUUUGAAGUUAUUUACAAGACAUUUUAGUAGAAGAUUAAAUGGACUAAUUCUCAUUCCUUUUUGUAUUUAUCUAUUCUGGUUCUGGGUUCAUUUUACAGUUCUAAAUAAAUCCGGUCCAGGUGAUGUCUUCAUGUCUGCAGAAUUCCAAGAUACUUUAGGUGACUCUCCAUUGAGUAUUGGUUCCAAACAAGUCAAUUUUUACGAUAUUAUUACAAUCAAACAUACUGACACAAACGCUUUCUUACAUUCUCACUUGGCUUAUUACCCAUUACGUUAUGAAGAUGGUCGUGUUUCUUCAGAAGGUCAACAAAUCACUGGUUACAUGCAUGAGGAUAUCAAUAACGAAUGGGAAGUUUUACCAGUUAAGGAAUUACCUUCUACAAAAGGUCAACCAGUCUUACUGAAUGAUAAAAUUAGGUUAAGACAUGUCAGUUCAAAUACCUUCUUAUUAGCGCAUGACGUUGCAUCUCCACUUUAUCCAACAAAUGAAGAAAUCACAACUGUCUCUGAAGAAGAUGCAAACGGACCAGCAUAUAAGGAAACCAUUUUUGCCUUCCAACCAUUGAAGAAAACUGAUGAAGGUUAUGAAAUUAGAACGAAGAACACACAAUUCCGUAUCUUCCAUGUUGAAACAGCUGUGGCCUUAUGGACUCACAAUGACGAACUAUUACCAGAAUGGGGGUUCGAACAGCAAGAAGUGAACGGUAGUAAAGAUGUAGUUAACCCUGAAAAUCAUUGGGCUAUAGAAGCUAUCACUAAUCUUGAUGAUGAAAGAAAAGUUUACACUCCGAAAGUAACCAAGAGUAUGUCAUUUUGGUCAAAAUGGUUCGAAUUACAAAACUCGAUGUUCGAACAUAAUAACAAACUUUCCGCAGAACAUCCAUUUGCUUCUCAACCACAAAGUUGGCCAGGUGGGCUAUGCGGAGUUUCAUUUUGGACUUCAGAUUCUCAAAGAAAACAAAUUUUCUUUACUGCCAAUAUCGUUGGUUGGUGGAUACAAGUUAUCUCUAUGGCUGUUUUUGCUGGUAUUAUUUUAGCUGAUUUAGCAACCAGACAACGUGGUUAUUUUGCCCUUGGUAAAAUCACUAGAGAGAAAUUAUAUGGUCCAUUAUUAUUCUUAUUCCUCGGAUGGGCAUGUCAUUAUUUCCCUUUCUUCUUAAUGCAUCGUCAAAAGUUUUUGCACCAUUAUCUACCGGCUCAUAUGAUCAUAUCUCUAUUUACAGCUGGGUUAUGGGAAGUUAUCUUCAGUGAUUGUAAAUCUCUAGAUCCAUCUAUCGAUGAAGAAGAAGCAGGUGCCAAAUAUAAUGAAUGUCCAAAGAUCUAUACGCCAUUAUUAGCCAUUUUCUUCAUAGUUUCAUCAGUUGCCAUUGUUUGGUUCUUCAUCUAUUUCGCUCCAUUAAUUUAUGGUAAUGUUUCCCUACCACCAACUGAGGUAGUAAAGAGACAAUGGUUCGAUAUCAAACUAAACUUUGCCAAAUAG